UUUUCUUGACUCAUUGUUUAAAAAAAUAUUGUAGUUUCCUGAAGAGAAAUAUGUGAAACGUUGUAUUUUUGCUGGCAGUUUGUUUCUUCUAAUGUUUUUGGAAGCAAGGAGGAUGCAGCUGCCUUUCAUUUGUAUUAAUGGAGUGAUGUAGGUUCGAAAGUCUUUAUAACAUCUCUUCCUGAACGACCUUGUUUCAAAAUAUUGCAAAACGCACAUGUCGACGUCGGCGGGUGACAGAGCUGGCAGCCGGCGGCGCAAACGACCUCAUCCACCUAUUCACGAUGGAAUUGUGAACUCGUUCAGCGAUAAAGACAGCGACUUCGUUUGCCCAAUUUGCUUUGACACGAUUGAUGAAGCUCACAUGACGAAAUGUGGACACAGCUUUUGCUACCGAUGCAUUCAUAGAAGUCUCCAGGAUAGCAAUAAAUGUCCAAAGUGUAAUUUUGUUAUUGAUAAACAAGAUCAAAUUUUUCCAAAUUUUUUAUUAAAUGAUCUCAUCCUUAAAAGGAAACAACUGACAAUUGACAAGAAUAUACAGAUUAAUCAACCAUUAAGUGAAUAUAAUUUUUCAGAGCUACAAGAAAUUAUAUGUGGUGAUUCUAAUCUUAAAGUGUCAGAUAUAGAUUCAUUAUUAGAAAUAUUAUCAGUGCGGAAAUAUCAACUUGAAGCAGAUUGCACCGCAACACAAAAUGAAAUUCUAAAAGAUUUUUUAAAGCAAGUUAAAAGACAUAAACAAGAGCAAUUAGAUCAAUUAACACAAGAGGUGAAACUUAUUGAUAAUGACCUGAGAAAAGUGGAGGACAUUAUAGCUAUUCAUCAGAGUCAACACCAAGUGUCAUUUUUGGAUCAGUUUCAAGCUGUUCCAACUACACCAACUGUAAAAUCAUUUCCAACCAAUCUUGAGGAAGCAACUGCAAGCGGUUGUGGUGCAGAAUUAAGUAAUUCUGUACAGAAGAAUGAGUUACCUCAAGAUGGCUUUAAUGGAAGUCAGCAUGGUGCAAAACGUCUGUGGUCGAGCACAACACUAGCUGCACGAAGGAAACGUGUGCAUCAGCAUUUUGAUGACUUGGAGAAAUGCUACUUUGCAAUUCGUCAGGGUGAAAUUCCUGGCAACUCUGAUACAGAUGGUUUAGAAUAUUUCACAGAAUGCUUAUCAAAAUUUACGAGAUUCAGCGGAUUUCGUCCACUGGCAACGUUAAGUUAUGCCAGUGAAGUGCAUAACGGAUCCAGUAUUGUCUCCAGUAUUGAAUUUGAUCGCGACAACGAUUAUUUUGCAAUUGCUGGAGUAACGAAAAAGAUCAAGGUGUUUGAAUAUGGCGUUGUCAUUCGAGACGUCGUAGAUGUGCACUACCCAGUUAUUGAAAUGGUGUGCAACUCAAAAAUUAGUGGUACUUGCUGGAGCUCAUAUCAUAAAGGUCUACUGGCAAGCAGUGAUUAUGAGGGUACUGUGACAUUAUGGGAUGCUUUUACUGGAGUUAAGAACAGGUCAUUUCAGGAGCACGAAAAGCGUUGUUGGAGUGUGGAUUUCAAUCACGUUGAUCCAAAAUUACUUGCGUCCGGUUCAGAUGAUGCUAAAGUGAAGCUAUGGUCUACUGGUACAGAACACUCCGUGUCGUGCAUUGAAGCUAAAGCUAACGUUUGCUGUGUCAAAUUCAAUCCUGAGAGUCGAUAUCAUCUUGCGUUUGGAUCAGCAGAUCACUGUGUCCACUAUUAUGAUCUCCGCAACAGCAGUAAGCCAUUAACUGUGUUUAAAGGUCAUCGCAAAGCUGUUUCCUAUGCAAAAUUUGUAAAUGCUGAAGAGAUUGUGUCAGCCUCGACUGACAGUCAGUUAAAAUUGUGGAAUAUUAAUAAACCUCAUUGUUUGAGAACGUUCAAGGGACAUUCAAACGAAAAGAACUUCGUUGGCCUUUCAACCAACGGAGAUUAUAUUGCCUGUGGCAGUGAAAAUAACUCACUUUACUUGUACUAUAAGGGACUCUCGAAGCAGUUGUUGACGUUUAAGUUCGAUACUGUGCGGAGUGUUUUGGAAAGAGAAAAAAAAGACGAAGAAGCUAACGAAUUUGUAAGCGCUGUUUCAUGGAGAACUGGAUCAAAUGUUGUAGUUGCAGCUAACAGUCAGGGAACGAUAAAGGUUUUGGAGCUGGUUUAGCUUCUUGCCGGAGUAUAAUCAUCCCGUGCUUCUAUUUCAGCAAUUGAUCAGUAUUUUUGAAACCAACGAAGCAUGGCUAACUUAUUUUUUAUUCUUGCGUGUGUAUAUAAAGCGAUACGACGUGGAGGAAGAUGAUGCAAUCGUCAAAAACUGCCUUUCAUACUGUUGCGGGUUUGCUCCUUAUAUAUAUAAAGGGACCAUAAUGGUUCUUCAGGGAAUUGCAAGCAUACUCUAUAUGUUGUGAUUUAGUUAUCCCAAGGUUCAAUUUUCCGAUGGCUCAACCUUUCUUUAACGCAUCAUGACUUGGUUAGCUGAAGUAUCAAUUUUUGCUCGCAAUUAGAACGAACCCGUGAUCAGGCUGUGGAAGGGUCAAAGAAUAGUAAUUCCUCUAAAAUUUCUCUGUGCAUAUGGUCGUGGGCAGAAUGAAUUGUAUAAAUAUGUCAAAAGUACAAAACUAUUAAAAAAAGGCGUUUUAAUAAAAACACGUACGUGAUUUACAAUGAACGAUAGCCAAGAACAUGCAGGACUUAAUUCGUGGACAACCUUGUCGUAAUUCUCGUGAACAAGUCGAUUUCAUCUUUGUGAAAUGGGCCGGGAUGUUAAUAUUUUUCUGGAUUGAAAUCGGUCAUCAUUGUUUAUUACCGCAGGCACAUGGCAAUAUAUUCU